AUGGCCUCAGCAGAUCAAACUAUCGAUUUUUUGAUAAAGGAUGAACAUGGAAAAAAGGGGGUUAUAUUUGCUGAUGGUAUAAGCGAUUGCCCGUCUACCCUUGAAGAUCGUUUCAACGUUGAGCCUUCUUCUUCUGGGUCGGCGUCUUUGUUCAGAUUGAAAUGUCUUGACCGGCCAUGGGAUCAUCGAGAAGAUCUUGAAGUUGACACUCAACCCUACUAUACUGCAUUUUGUUCUGCUCUAAAGGAGUAUCAGGAAGAUACUUUGGAAGAUAAAGCGAGGGAAUGGUCUUCAAAAAUGAAUUUUUUGAUGCCUGGUAUCACUUGUUGUAUAAGACGAUAUGUGGAUUCCUUAACUGACGAAAAUGAAGUUGAAGAAUUUGAGGAUCGUUUGGCGGAUUGGGUUGAAUUUGGAUUGAGCUUGGAGGUGGCAGAACGCUUUGCGUCGGGAUUCUUAGAGCAUAUAAAAAUGGGUUGUUCUUUGGCGAAACGGCUAUUCCUCAUGCGUCGUCGACAGUUUGCAAAAAGACUUGCAGCACGCCAUAUUUUACAUCGUCUAAUCGAUGUCUGUACAUCUCCCGAGCUUCCCCUAUCACAUAGAUGCAUUGCUGCCAAAUCAUUAUUUGCUUCAUUGUUUCACAUUUCUGCUACGGUUCCUGCGUUUUUUAGUCAGGUUGAAGCUGAUUUGUGUGGCCAGACAUGUUAUACACGGAUUAUGCGGUCUGUAUUCGAGAGGACUCCAGUACGUGUUGCUGUAGCGUUACAUCCUGUAAUCCAUCAUGCGGUCUUUGCAUACUCUUCUUUAAAAAUUACGGAGUUGGCAAAGAAGGCUGUAACUGAAAAAGUUAGUGAAGCAGAUAAUAAAAUCAUUGCUGAUAACGUCUCUCGGAUUACAAACUUUAUUUAUAUGAAAGGAAGAAGCACGGCUUACCCGAGCUGUUAUAUAUACAGGGCUUUUUAUGAGAGUGAGAUUUUGGCUUCACUGGCAGUACUCAUAACUUCAGAAGGGGUUGUCAGUGAAGUUAAAGAAUCAUGUCUGCUAAUGUUAGUCGGACUUGUAUCAUUUGAUGGAGAAGACAUUAGUGGACCUUAUUUUUUGGCUUCUUGUAGUUUAGAUGUCAUACUUCUGUGUUUUGAGAUCUUUUCGGCAAUAAGUGCAUCUCUGUGCAGAGAAAGGAAGAUAAGGACUCUGCCAUUACUAGAUUUACCUGCACUUUCGUCGGCAAUCCGUGCUUUAAACUUGAUAGAUGAACUUGCUUCAAUUAACCAGAAGGAAGUUGGAUGCAUUGACAGUGCGGAGCGAACUAAAAUACUGUUUAGUAUUUUUGUUCUUUGUUCAAAUCAGAGAAGCAAUACUGCGAAAACAGCUAUUUCUGCUCUUUCUCAUUCUUCCAAUAUUGAACAUAUACUUGAAAUUUUUGCUUUUGGUCAGCUGCCAUCUUUAGAACACCAGAUAUCUGAUGAAGUCAAAACUGCUCUUCGACAUACUGUUUGCUAUGGGUAUGCUUGUGAAAUAUUGUUGACAUUAGCACGGCUCCAAACUAAUGGUGUUUUCUGGAGAAAUUAUGGAAGUCUUAUAUGUAAAUUAAUUGACAGUAACUUUAUAUCAACUGCGUCGUCUUUGAAACAGUGGACCGAACCACUGCGUGAUCCUAUGGCACAAGGCAGCAAUCCCAGCGCAGUUCACUAUUUGGUACAGAAGUUGGGUAUUUAUCUUGAAAAGUUCGAAAAUGGUAACGACCCACCGUUAUCAGCCAUUACCACUCUCCGUCUUAUUGAUGGUAUAUUAAAAGAAAAAGAUACUGAUGAUGACUUUGAACUCUGUGAUGGAGAGUGCAGUCGAUUUGAGUUGUUCUCAGUUUUUUAUUCUGAAAACGGUCUGGAGAAAAUCAAUAGGUUCUUGAUGUGUGCUGCUGAGAAAUACAGAGCUGGAAGACACGAAAAAGGGUUGUUUUUAGCUUCGGACGCUCUAAUUUUGGAAACGUUGUUUUUCUCAGUUCUCGAUAUCCUUGAAGUAAUAACAAAGUCAAUGAUUUGUACUGGAACGUACGUCGAUUUUACAUCUAUGCUUCCUCUGCUCAAAGUUUACUCAUCCUUCUAUUCCGAUAAUUCAAAACAGUGCCGGGUUAUAAAAGCAAAAAUUUUGGACAUAUUCUCCGCGCUCACUUCGGCUCACUUGAUAGCCGUAAGGAAAAUUCAGAGUAGACGACCAAUUGCCUUUUUUCGACAGUUCUUUGAAAUUAGUGUACUUCCAUCUACUAUCGCCGCAUCAAGUGAAAUUUUAAGUAAUUUACUGAUUUUGCACAUCCCCGAAAGUCGUGGUUCACUUCCAUCAGAGAGUAGUGAAACUUCAGUAAGGAAACAAUGGAGUAAAGUCUUAUUGCAAUUCCCACGCCAUUUGAAAUUUAUGAUAAUGUCCGGAGUAAGUUCAUCAAAGGCUUUGCAUGAUUCGAUAACUACACUCUGUAUCCGUUUAGUAUCCUUAGGACCCGUUACAGCUGAUUUCAUUACCAGAGAAGUAGAGCAUUUUUGUUGGAGAUCUUUGUUGGCACUACCUAUUUUCUCCUCUGACACUUUCUUGGAUGAGGAGGUUUCUGAUGGUGAAGUAGAAGAAACAAGCCAUCCUGGUGAAAUACGUUUUGGUACCGCGGCAGAUUUUACAACCGCAGCAUGCUUUGAAUUUUUAACAGAUUGUUGCCGUGAUAAUUUUUUUUGCCGUGUCUUUAUAUCGUACAUUACGAAGGAAGCAUCUUUCGUGACUGGGAUAUUGAAAUUUUUUGGGGUGGCCAGCCAGAAAACGAUUCCGCAUGUUUGUUUUCAAAAAGAGGCGUUAUUUAAAAAACUCUGCCUAACUGCUGAUUUACAUAAUGGCCAGUGGAGUUUAUCCUUACCUAAAAAUUUCUAUAACUGCUUCUGUGACGCACUUGUGGAACAUAUAUCAAAGGAACAGAGUUUUGAAACUGCUAUUUUAGCAUUAGAUGCUUUACACUCAAUUGGAAGUUAUUCGGAAAUCGGACAGAAAAUAGUGCAAAAUGCAUUCGUCGCACGGUCUGAUUCGUUAAUGCGGCUUAUGUGCCGGAUCGAAGCUGCAGUUAAAAGUUAUCCUUCAGAAGACAGUGUUUUGCUUAAAGUCCUCAGUUGGGCACCCACGAACGUUACUGAGGAAGAAUGUACAUUUGAUGAGCACCCGUUGGGGCGCUUGUGUAGAAUUUUAAGCGAAGACACGGAAUUUCGCGAGGAACGGGACACUUUAGCAGUCUUUGAGAGGCUGCUGAAAUUUUAUAAGAAACAUAGUGGGUUUGAAGAUGUAGUUGUCAAAGACUGGGAUUAUUUCACUGAACUGGACGAUCUUUUUAACCGGACUUCAAAAGCGGAUGGAAUAGAACUAAAUUACGAUAAACAGAAUAUAAAUUUUUUUUUCCAUAAAAGAUUACAACUACCACUAAUGGAAUUGGAUUUAACUGCUCUGAAGUCUGAGUUCCUUCAACCGACACUUAAUAAAAGUUCGAAGCAAAGGAAUCAUUUGGACACCCAGACAAGGUUGAGUGGAAGAAUUUCUCAGAAGAAACGGCCGAAACUUAGCGAUUUUGGUGAGACCAGCAGUGUCCGUGUACAGCCAAAAUAA